UCCGGACUUUUCCCGGGACCUGUCGCUUCCCGGCUCCAGGAGACUCUCAAUCUCAAAGCAAGGAUUGCUAUCAACCAUUUCAGAGGACUGCUCACUGGACCGUCUUUCUUCUCAAAAGACCCAAGAUACUGUGUUUUGACUUUUGAGUCAGCCCUAGUAAACGGAUGUGGACUGCAGGUAGAAUGAGCAAUGCAAAGAACUUGCUUGGACUUGGUGUGUCCUUGUAUUUUUGGGGACUAAUGGACCUUACUACAAGUGUGCUGUUGGAGAGUGCUGGACCCCUCUCUGAAAGGCAAGAAGAUCACCUGUCAGACAAGCAGCACCAGCGUAUGAAGAGGAGCUGGGUAUGGAACCAGUUUUUUGUUCUGGAGGAAUAUACUGGGACUGAUCCGCUGUAUGUCGGCAAGCUCCAUUCUGACAUGGAUAGGGGAGAUGGUUCAAUCAAAUACAUCCUGUCAGGAGAAGGCGCUGGCAUUGUCUUUACUAUUGAUGAUACCACGGGGGACAUUCAUGCCAUUCAAAGGCUGGACCGAGAAGAAAGAUCCCAGUACACUCUGAGGGCACAGGCUCUAGACAGGCGAACAGGCAGACCAAUGGAACCAGAGUCAGAGUUCAUCAUUAAAAUACAAGACAUCAAUGACAACGAACCCAAGUUCCUGGAUGGACCUUACGUAGCCUCCGUUCCAGAAAUGUCACCUGUGGGCACUUCUGUUAUCCAGGUGACAGCUACUGAUGCUGAUGACCCAACUUAUGGGAAUAGUGCAAGAGUAGUCUACAGCAUUCUCCAAGGACAACCAUAUUUCUCUGUGGACUCUCGGACAGGCUUAAUCAGGACAGCACUAAUGAACAUGGACAGAGAAGCAAAAGAAUACUACGAAGUGAUUAUCCAAGCCAAGGAUAUGGGUGGACAGCUGGGAGGAUUAGCUGGAACAACCACAGUCAACAUCACCCUGUCUGAUGUCAACGACAACCCGCCCAGAUUUCCACAGAAACAUUAUCAGAUGAGUGUGCUGGAGUCUGCUCCCAUCAGCUCCACCGUGGGCCGCGUGGUCGCUAAAGACCUGGAUGAAGGCAUUAACGCAGAGAUGAAAUACAGCCUUGUGGAUGGAGAUGGACUGGACGUCUUUGAUAUUAACACGGAUCCUAAUUACCAAGUUGGCAUCAUAACUGUGAGAAAGCCUUUAAGUUUUGAGAGCAAGAAAAGUUAUACUUUGAAAGUAGAGGGUGCCAACCCCCACCUGGAAAUGCGGUUCCUGAACCUGGGCCCCUUCCGAGACACCACCACUGUGCACAUCAGUGUGGAAGAUGUGGACGAGCCCCCCGUGUUUGAGCCCAGCGUUUAUUUUGUGGAAGUGCCUGAGGACGUGGAGAUUGGGACCACCAUACAGAUAAUUUCUGCCAAGGAUCCGGAUUUGACCAACAACUCGAUCAGAUACUCGAUCGACAGAAGCAGUGAUCCCGGGCGGUUCUUUUAUGUCGACGUUACAUCAGGAGCACUGAUGACUGCAAGACCUCUUGACCGGGAGGACAUUUCUUGGCACAAUAUCACAGUGCUGGCCAUGGAGCUGAACAAUCCCUCGCAGGUGGGCAGCGUCUCGGUGACGGUCAAAGUGCUCGACGUGAACGACAACGCGCCCGAGUUUGCGAGGUUCUACGAAGCUUUCGUCUGUGAAAACACCAAAGCCGGCCAGCUGAUCCAGACAGUGAGCGCCAUUGACCGGGAUGACCCACAGGAGGGUCAGCACUUCUACUACAGCCUGGCCCCCGAGGCAGCCAACAACCCCAACUUUACUCUAAGGGACAAUCAAGACAAUACGGCAUGGAUUCUUACCAGGCGGUCUGGCUUUAGGCAACAUGAGCAGAACACGUUUUACCUCCCCAUCCUGAUCAGCGACAACGGCCGCCCCAUGCUGAGCAGUACGGGCACGCUGACUGUGCACGUGUGCAGCUGUGAUGACGAUGGCAUGGUGAUGUCCUGCACCGCUGAAGCCUACGUCCUCCCUGUCAGCCUCAGCAGAGGGGCACUCAUUGCAAUCCUUGCCUGCAUCUUCGUCCUGUUAGUGCUGGUGCUCCUCAUCCUCUCCAUGAGGCGGCACCGGAAACAGCCGUAUGUCAUCGACGAGGAGGAGAAUAUCCAUGAGAACAUCGUCCGGUACGAUGACGAAGGUGGCGGGGAGGAGGACACGGAGGCCUUCGACAUUGCCGCCAUGUGGAACCCACGGGAGGCCCAACUCGUUGCGAAAAACAGGCAGGACAUGCUCCCUGAAAUAGAGAGCCUCUCCAGGUACGUGCCUCAGACGUGCAUGAUGGACAACAGCGUCCACAGCUACGUGCUCGCCAAGCUGUACGAAGCUGACAUGGACCUCUGGGCUCCUCCCUUCGACUCCCUCCAGACGUACAUGUUUGAAGGGAACGGCUCCGUGGCGGAGUCGCUCAGCUCCCUACAGUCGGUCACAACAGACUCGGACCAGAGCUACGACUACCUGACGGACUGGGGGCCGCGCUUUAAGAAGCUGGCGGAGAUGUACGGCGCCACGGACAGCAGCGGGCCACUGUGGUAACGAACUAGGCCUUGCAGAGGGGAUUCUGAGCGAAACAACACCCGGUUAGAUCCAUUCUCAUCAGAUGCUUCCAUGGACAUUGACGAGGCCUCCUAAAAUAGCAAUACGGUGCUUGAAUGAGAAUGGGAGGAAGGGUGUGAAAGAAGGUCUCUGUGGAUCAGCUUUACUCAGUUAAAUUAAGUCACAUUUUGAAGCAAGGAGAAACAAAAGACCUUUCUUUUUUUUUCUU